AUGGCCACGGUCCCUAGGAGCAACAUGGGACCUACCAAGGCUGUUCCUACCCCAUUUGGUUGCAUUGGCUGUAAAUUGCCGAAGCCCGACUACCCACCAGCACUAACCACCUUCGUGUUCUGCACAAUGGUCAUCACCGUUGUGGCAGACCUGAUAGGCAACUCCAUGGUCAUUUUGGCUGUGACCAAGAACAAGAAGCUCCGAAAUUCUGGCAACAUCUUUGUGGUCAGCCUCUCUGUGGCAGACAUGCUGGUGGCCAUCUACCCCUAUCCUCUGAUGCUGUAUUGCAUGUCAGUUGGGGGCUGGGAUCUGAGUCCGCUCCAGUGCCAGAUCAUCGGGUUGAUCACAGGACUGAGUGUAGUCGGUUCCAUCUUCAACAUUACGGCCAUUGCCAUCAAUCGUUUCUGCUAUAUCUGCCACAGCCUCCAAUACAAGCGAAUCUUCAGCCUACGCAAUACUUGGAUCUACCUGGUCAUUACCUGGGUCAUGACUGUCCUGGCUGUUCUGCCUAACAUGUACAUUGGCGACGUUGAGUAUGACCCUCGCACCUACACCUGUAUCUUCAAAUAUGUGAACAACCCCGCCUUCCCUGUGACCAUUGUCUGCAUCCACUUCGUCCUCCCUCUCAUCAUAGUCGGUUAUUGCUACACCAAAAUCUGGAUGAAAGUGCUGGCUGCCCGUGACCCAGCUGGGCAGAAUCCUGAUAACCAGUUUGCUGAGGUUCGAAAUUUUCUAACCAUGUUUGUGAUCUUCCUCCUUUUUGCAGUGUGCUGGUGCCCUAUCAAUGUGCUCACUGUGUUCGUGGCUGUUGCUCCAAAAGAGAUGGUAGACAAGAUCCCCAACUGGCUUUAUCUUGCAGCACACUGCAUAGCCUACUUCAACAGCUGCCUCAAUGCUGUCGUCUAUGGUAUCCUCAAUGAGAGUUUCCGACGAGAAUACUGGACCAUGUUCCAUGCUAUGCAGCACCCUAUCCUGUUCAUCUCCCACCUCAUCUCUGAUUUUCGGGAGACUCGGGAGACUCGAGCUCUCACUCAUGCCCGUGUGCGUGCCCGUGAUCAAGCCCGAGAACAAGAGCGUGCUCGUGCCUGUCUGCCUGUGGAGGGAACCCCGUGGAGCAUCCAGAAUGCUCUACUGCCGGGUAGUACAGCAGCAUCCCACUCUGAUCAUGCCUCUACCCACCCCAACCCCCAAACCAGGUCUACUCCUAUCUAUCGCAAACCUGCCUCUAUCCAUCACAAGUCCGUUUCUGGCCACCCCAAGUCUGCCUCUGUCUACCCUAAGCCAGCCUCCUCUGUCCAUUUCAAGCCUACCUCUGUUCAUUUCAAUCCCACUUCUGUCCAUUUCAAGAGAGACUCUGUCUAUUUCAAGGGAGACUCUGUCCAUUUCAGGGCUGCUUCCAAACUUGUCACCAGUCACCGUAUCUCUGCUGGUUCUUCCACCAGCCACCCUACAUCCUCAUCUGGCUACGUUAAACCUGCUACCAGCCACCCUGCAGCUACCACUGUUGACUAUCUUGAGCCUGCCUCCACCAGCCGUUCUGUGCUCACUGCUGUUGACCUCCCUGAGAUCUCAACCUCCCAUUGCCUUGAAAUGACCACCAUUGGCCACCUCAGACCUGACAUUACUGCCUUCAAACUCCCCACUGUAUCCUGUGAGCCUGCUGUCACCUCUGCCACCCCUCCUGACCGCACUCUAAUCCCCAUUGCCGCUGAUGAUUACCGCAAGGUGGUACUUAUUGAUGACGAUUCUGAUGAUUCCGAUUGUUCUGAUGAGAUGGCUGUGUGAAAAGUGUUCUUUUGAGUUUGUCCUGCUUAUGCAGUCUAGUGUGAGAUACCUCCCUUGUAUGUACACACUGACACACGGAGACCCAGACCCCCAGACACAGUGGAAGUUCCAUCUACCUUUCAGGCAUACUCUUCUUUGGCACCCUGUGCUCUUGAAAGUGUGUGUGUAUUCUUGCUUUCUUAGAGAUCAAAUUUCCAAUUGUGAUGUCUACGGUUCUGAGAUCCUAAAUCUCCUGUUCUUCUAAGGUUGAAUUUCAACCCUCAGUGAUCUCUGAAAUGUCUGUUGCUUUGAUAUUCCCCACCAACUCUUUCAGCUUCCCAGCCCCCAUUCCCGAUUUCCUGCCUCCUGCUUUCUUCUCCCAUUCCCAGAAAUGGGGGAGGAGUGCAUGCGCACUGGUCAAGGUUGUCUUGGUGGUCAGCUCUGUAAAGUGACAGUGACCACACAGCUUAUUGUUGUAAGUGUGUAAACUGUGUUGUAUCUUUAAUGCAGUCAGAAAAGGACUUCUGAUGAAGUACAAACACUUGAAAUUAGCUUUUCAAGAUUUCCAUGACAAAAUAUG